CAGUUGGUUUAAAGUUCCCUCUCAAAAACGCCCUUGCUCUCCAAGCCUCGAUCAAGAGAGAGAAAGAGAGAAAGAGCCGAAGAUGGUGCAGCGGCUCACUUACCGGAAACGCCAUAGCUAUGCCACUAAGUCAAACCAGCAUCGCGUAGUCAAAACCCCUGGUGGGAAGCUGGUUUAUCAAAGCACCAAGAAGAGGGCUAGCGGGCCUAAGUGUCCUGUCACCGGAAAGAGAAUUCAAGGGAUUCCUCACUUGAGACCUGCUGAGUACAAGAGGUCCAGAUUACCUAGAAACAGGAGGACUGUCAACCGUGCCUAUGGGGGUGUAUUGUCUGGAGGAGCUGUCAGAGAGAGGAUUGUCCGAGCCUUCUUGGUAGAGGAGCAGAAAAUUGUUAAGAAGGUUUUGAAGAUCCAGAAAGCUAAAGAAAAACAGGCUGCCAGGAGUUAGAUUAGAUUCUUGAGAAAUUUGGACCAUGAGUUUUGGAAAUCAUUUGACAUUCAAAAUUGCUGAGUUGUGUAUUUUGUUACUUUGAGGGUAUUGCUACACAACUUGCAUGAAUAUUUCCCCCUUUUCAUUUUUAGUGAGUAUAUUUUAUAUACAACAAAUUAUGAGAUUGAUUUUCAUUUUCUAUCA